UUACAACCUCUGGGACGUGGGUUCAACUGAAAGUCCAGUUGUCCUCAGAGACCUCAAAGGAAAAAUAAAAUGAUUAAUGGAUGGAUAGCAUACUUUUUAAUAUGCCGGUAUAUAUGAAUAUGCUUGCAAUGUAUACAAAUUAAAGUUGAACGGGCAUAAAGCCCUUCAUCCAGCGCUGCCUCGACUUCAACAGUCAACCUCACGCCGUUCUGCAGAACCUCCGAUCCUGUUAUUAUCUUGUUCCUCCGUUUGUCAUGGCUCGGCAGCUCAGCUACAAUAAUUCCAAACUUCGAAAGGCCUUUUUGAUUUUUGUGACCCUUUAAGUCCACCUUAAAACUCCCUGUGGUCUCCGUACCCUAAAAAAGAAGCGACAGGAGAGUACUGACUCGAAGAAAGUGAACCGUAAAUCACUUUUCGGGAAGCAAAUCAUAUCCAUUCUAAGAGUAAUAAGACGAUUAAAUCACGUAGAUCAUUGGCUACCUGACACUGCUUCCCAUUGAUGAUUGGUUCUAUAGAAAGUGCUCCGCUUACGUCGCAGAGUGGCUGAGAACCUAUGCAUAUUCAAUGAGGCUCCCGUACCACCUGCUCUCCUGGACUAGCUAGCUGAGAGGACCCGCCUGAGGCGCUGUGCCUCCUGUUCGUCUGAAUAUUGCGAGUAGACGUGGAUGGUAGCUUCGCGGUGGUCCUGUCUUGUUUUGUUUGGCAUAAUGCUGCCGUCUCCCCCAAGUCCAUCUCCCUCGAGGUGGUUCAGGUCCCUGAGAAGGCUAAAGUCCAACGGCCAGGCCAGCAGGACACCCGCUUCUGUUUGUGCCGAGAUGCUGAAGAAAUCCAGAGAGGCUUUUGAGUCCAAAAAGACUGCCGAGGAGUCCUUCCGCUUGGGCCAGCUUGAUGGCAUCGUACGUAUGGUGGUCGAGAACGAGGAUGACUUUGUUGAGGCUUUAAAUGAAGAUCUGCACAAGCCACGGUUCGAGUCAUUGCUCUCAGAGUUGAUCCUGGUCAAGAAUGAGGCCUUUUUUGCCAUCAACAACCUUAAGAAAUGGAUGCAGCCUGAACAUGUGGAGCGCAAUCUGGCCACCAGUUUGGAUCAGUGCUUCCUGGUCAAUGAGCCAAUGGGAGUGGUUCUGAUUGUUGGCGAUUGGAGUGCGCCUGUUCAGCAGUGUCUUAUACCUCUGGUUGGCGCUAUAGCAGCUGGUAAUGCUGUUCUCCUAAAACCAUCUGAGAAUAGUUCCCACACGGCUGAGUUGUUACAGAAGCUCUUCCCCUUGUACCUGGACAAGGAGUACUACCAGGUGGUCUAUGAUGUCAUGCUUGCUGAUCUUCUAGAGCUCCGAUUCGACCACAUCUUCUAUACAGGCACAUUCACCAAGGCUCAGCAGGUGAUGCAGGCAGCUGCCCAUCACUUGACUCCAGUCACCCUGGUUGUAGGGGGGAAGAAUCCAUGCUAUGUGGACCAGGUGUGUGACUUGCCUGUUGCUGCGCACCGCAUUGCCUGGGCUCGUUUUCACAAUGCAGGCCAGAAUAAUGUUGCACCAGAUUACAUCCUCUGCCAUGCCGAGAUUCGGGACAAGCUGGUCCAGGCCUUGACUUCUUGUGUCUUGGAAUUCUACGGAGCUGAACCUGCCCAGUCACCCAGUUUUGGGCGUAUGGUCAACAUGGAGCACUUCCUUCGAGUUCGUGAGCUGAUGUUAUCCAGUGGGAAAGUAGUCAUCGGAGGCGAGGUGGACGAGAGCAAUAAGUUCAUUGCUCCCACAGUCCUGUUGGAUGUGCAGGAGUCUGACGCCAUCAUGAAGCAUGAGAUCCUUGGGCCCAUCCUGCCCAUCCUGACAGUGUAUAAUGCAGACGAAGCAGUCGAUUUUGUUAGAAGGAAAGACAAGCCUUUGUGCUUGUAUGUUUACUCGAGCAGCCCCAAGGUUAUUUCAAAAUUUUUGACUUGUACAUCCAGUGGCAGCUUCUGUGCCAAUGACAGUGCUAUUCAAAGUAGCCUGGUGACGUUGCCGGUGGCUGGAGUUGGAGCUAGUGGCAUGGGCCUGUACCAUGGACGUUACAGCUUUGAUACCUUCUCACACCGCAAGUCGUGUGUGCUACGAACUACACGAGUUGAAUGUGUCACUUACUUGCGCUUUCCGCCCUAUGAGGAUCAGCGACUGUCUCUCAUGAUGUGGGCCACCUCAUUAUCACGCAAAGGUGCUGGCUGGUGCAAUUUGCUCUGAGGGUGACGGCACUUCAACCUGCUUGUAAUGUGGCACUUAGAUAUAAAUUGCAAGCAUUCUUAAGCAGACCUCUGUUAGCCUUGUGUGUAUAAAUGUCCCAUAGCUGCCAACCACCUUUCUGAGGACAACCAGCUAAUAAUGAAGAAAGAAGA